AUAAUUAUUUUGGUUAAACCGUCUUUGGAAGAAAAUUAUCAAAUUAGGGAUGAGCAGGUUCCUCAGAAUGAAGACUUGGUCCUGGAUGUCAGACGUGGACAACGUGACAGGGGACCAGUCACAUGACUUGGUUCUGCAGCCUGUUUGGGACUACCUCCAUCAGAACCACCAGGACUUGUUGAGGAGCCCUCUCUUCCCGGUGGUCCUCUCAGUUACCACGUACUUUGUUCUGGUUGGUCUUUACACCCUGCUGGACCUGCUGGCUCCCACCUGGCCCUGCAUCAACCGUUACCGGCUGCACCGAGAUCGACCCGUCACCUGGCCCAACAUCUGGAACACGCUGGGCGUCACUGUGUACAACCACGUGUUUUUCAUCUUCCCUGCUGCUGUGGCACAGUGGCUGUGGAGACCACCGACCCCUCUGCCCCCGGAGGCGCCGACUCUCUGGAGCUUCUUCCUGGGUAUCCUGGGCUGUAUGGUCAUCUUUGAUUUCCAGUACUACCUCUGGCACCUGCUGCACCAUCGAGUUCCCUGGCUGUACCGUACGUUCCAUGCUGUGCACCACCAGUACAACCAUCCCUUCAGCCUGGUCACCCAGUAUCUUUCUGGCUGGGAGCUGUUCAGCGUGGGCUUCUGGGCGACGGUGGACCCGAUCCUGCUGCGGUGCCACUGCCUCACAACGUGGACUUUCAUGGUCUUCAACGUUUAUGUGUCUACAGAGGACCACUGUGGCUACGACUUCCCCUGGGCCACACACAACCUCGUGCCCUUUGGUCUUUGGGGGGGUGCCCCGAAGCACGACGCUCACCACCAGCGCCCCGGGACUAACUUUGCUCCCUUCUUCUCACACUUGGACUGGUUGGGGGGAACCCACACCACGUCAGCUCCCUCCAGCCACGAGGCAGGAGAGCCAGACAAGAUGAAAGACAGAAAAGACUGAACGCCUCUUAGAAAACAAGGACUGCAUUUCGGACAUCGGCAAUGUCUCUUGGACCUGCUCACAUUCCAGUGCACUUGUUUGUUUGUUUGUUUGUUUGUUUGUUUGUUUGUUUGUUUGUUUGUUUCUCUCAUAAACCACUUUUCCCCCCAGUUUUUGAUUUUGUUUUUACUAACUCAUCGUUUUCUGGUGUUUGCCUCUGCUGAUAAUCAGUCGAACAUGUCUAACUGUUUGAGAAGUUGUUAGAAAUCCCAGUUCUGGUAUCAGUUUAUGUACAGUACUAUAACCCAUUGUGUAGGGGA